CGGGUGGAGCCCGUGCCACCUGCCCGCUGUCACGGAGGCAGCCGACCGCGGGCGUGGCGCCUGUGCGCUGGGAGUGGCCGGCACAGAGUCCUUUCCGGGGGCGAGCGGAGCAGCGGAAAGCGCAGACGGGCCGACUCGAUCCAGUUUCCGGCGCGGCCCACCCGGAAGUGCGGACGGGCUUUUCUAGGUGCUCGAAUUGCGGUGCGGCGGCGGGAUCGAGAUGGAGGUGGGCGCGGAGGCUGCGGAUGAACGGGACGGUCUCCGGGAGCGGCGAGGCUUGAGCGAGGCUGGGAGGCAGGAGCAGAGCCGCCAUGUGCAGCCGCAGUCCGGGCCCAACGGGAUUCCAAAACACUCCUACUGGUUAGACGUCUGGCUCUUCAUCCUUUUCGACCUGGUGGUGUUUUUCUUCGUAUAUUUUAUGCCCUGACUGGUUUGCCUGGUAUCUAAAUUAAGAAGUUGGCUUCUGGAGUGGCUUCUGAAAAUGACCACAAACUUCUUGAAUAAAGAAGACAGGCAGGACUGUGCAGCAGAAGAA